AUGCUCGAACUUGGAACAGCCAGUUGGGGUCGAGAUUCUGUGCGUGACAAAUGUGGGUAUGUAAACGUGGGAAUCUCUUCGUAUGGUCGGACAUUGAAUGCUUCCGGGCCCUUGGAAGUUAAUCGUAUCAUGAAAGAAACUGGGAAGUUGGGAAUAUCAUUUUGGCUUACUGUGAUCAGCAGUGUCAACUCAAAAAGGUCCCACAGGGGUCCGAACAACGGCAUGAUUCGUAGACAGAACCGCAGGCGGUUUAUCAUCAGUGUGGUGAAGUUUACGUUGGGACUAGCGAAAACAUUGAACUUGACUCUACCACAAAGCUCACAUGCUGCCCAAAGUCAAACGAUGCCUCCAGAUCUCUCGAACAUUUUCCAGGAGGGCAUGGAAGUUUUGCUAAGAUCGGAACUCGGAUCGGCCCACAACCGCUACCCGUCCACUUGUCUGCCGGCUCCAGGCGUGCGUGUGUGCGCACGUGCGCUCGCGCGAAUGGCCAAUCACAUUGGAUGUCCACGAAUCGGGUUAUCAAGGUUAAAACCAUACUCACCACAGGAACCCCAUGGCACCCAUGGCUGCAAACCGACGUUGGCCCGGGUUCAUUUAAUUGACUUGACAUGUGAGGUACCAGUAUUCUUCUCCGCCAUCGGCAAUGACGGUGAUAAUAUCGGUGAUAUCAUACGUCGAAUAUUUGGUCCAUACCGUAUGUACGGUAGCCGCGAAAACAUUAAAGCCCCUCCAAACCACCAAAUCCCACAUUAUGUUGAUAGCGGCAAAAGUCCAGUGAGAGUCGUUUCAUGGAAACGGACAGAUUUUCCCGUCACUUCGAUCAAACUGAGCGACGAGUACUGUGGCGUUUUGUACCUUUAUUUUACUUCCAUUAUAAUACUACGUAUUUUAUCAAUUGCGUAA